AUGUGGCUCUUUGCCUUCCUUACAAAGCUCGUUCCUUUUGCAUUUUUGCUGAUGUCAACUUCUCGAAAAGAUCUUUCGAUCACGUACUCGGAGGACGAUCUUCGGGAAACGAUCUUUCAGAGGAGUGGAGGAUCAAAUGAUGUUUCAAAGCGGAUCUCAAGAACCCCACAACGGGCGCCUUCACUAGCUGGAAACGAGCGCUCGCUCAUUGAUCUGAUUGAAGAGAACGAUCGCCUUGAGAGAGCCCGCACUCGAUAUCGAGAUGGAGAAAGCGAAAGAAUUCAGAAAGCUGAAGACUUUGCGAGUCGAAUGACGCUGAAUUCGAGAAAUUCGAGAGAUUCGAGAGAUUCCAGGGAUUCUAGGCUUGAGAGUAGAGCUAAGAGUUUGUCUAGAAACUCUCGUCCUAGCCGUCCUAGCCGUCCUAGCCGAGAGAACUCAGCUCAACGAUCGAGGCUUAGCUCAACGAUCUCAAGAAAUCCAAUCCAGCCAAAGCGCUACUCGAAUCGGGAGUUUUUCCGCUGGAAUUCGGAUGAGGAUUUGGUGUCAGAUGAUUCGAGAAGAGAACAUGGCCAUCGAAUCGUUGAAUCGCCGUGUCUCUUGUGUAAAUGGGCUAGGGAAUUUGAUGAGAAAGCGAGAAGGAAAAGAGCUGUCAGAGAAAGCGAGAAGUCUAAUGAACAUUGUCGAGAAGUGAAUCGAAUCGUCAAUUCUCGUCAGGAACGUUUGGGAGGUUGGGAGGAACGUUUUUUUCGA